UUUUUGGUUAAGUUUGUAAUGUUUAGGAUUCUAGUUUUAAUAUCUUUAAAAACCUUUAAACUCUCUUAAUAUGACUUCGGGAAUCAUACCAACACUUCCCACUGUUUACAAUCGGAUCUUGACCAAAUUCCCGCAAAACAUAACAUUUUGUUUCGCCUAUGGUUCUGGUGUAAAAAAGCAGCUUAACAAUGACACUAAACAGAACAUGAUCGACCUUAUUUUUGCUGUAAAAGAUCCCGUUACUUGGCACGAAACUAAUUUGAGAAUAAAUCCUUCACACUAUAGUGGUCUUAAGUUUUUUGGUCAUGAAUUUAUUGCUCGAUAUCAAAUAAACAUUGGUGCCAAAGUAUAUUAUAACACCUUAGUGCAAGUGGAUGAAAGUCUUGUUAAAUAUGGCGUUGUAUCCACAGAAGACCUUAUCACUGACCUUCUAGAAUGGUCCCAGUUAUAUUUGGCAGGCAGACUGCAUAAACCUGUAGAAAUAAUCCAAAAUCCUCUGGAUGCAGAUUUGGAAACAGCUUUACAACUUAAUUUGCAGUCAGCAGUGCAUGCGGCUCUUCUAGUUCUCCCAGAAUCAUUUAGUGAAUAUGAAUUUUAUCAUACUAUUUGCAACUUAAGUUAUUUAGGAGACUUUCGUAUGAUAUUUGGAGAGAACAAAAAUAAGGUGGAUAGCAUUGUCCGAGCUCAAAUGUCUGGCUUUAGAAAGCUUUAUAAGCCAUUUUUAUUAAAUCUGCAUGAUUAUAUUGAUUUUCCCAUGUUAAAAGAAGAUAAUUGUGAUCCUUCUGUAUAUUGUGCCCAAGACCUUAGUCCCUUGGCAAGGCUUCAUCAUCUAAACCAACUACCAAGACUGCCCCAAAAGCUUCUAACAAGAUAUUGGAAUAAAGGCAAUUUUAGGCAGGAUACAGAAGAUGUUUUAAGAGCUAUAGCUUAUGAUCCAGAUUGUGGAAUGAUUGUCAGCCAAAGAAUAAAUGAGAUUGUCUGGAAGUCUUCUGUUAGACAAAGUUUAAAAGGAAUUUUAACUGCAGGGGUUUUUAAAAGUCUACAAUAUAGUAGUAGAAAGAUUAAAAAAAUGUUUAAAUCAUAAUUUUAAGAAUCAAUUUUGUAUGAAGUACUAAAUAUACAGUUUAUUUAUUUAUAAGUUUAAUAUAUAGCAUUUAUCAAUAAUA